CCUCCCCCAGUCCGUACGCUGGUAGGAUCGUAAUGGUACAGGCAGCAUCCUGCAGCACAAUGGUGAGCGCGCAGUGAUUCAGCAUCGCAAACUCAGCCUUUAAUCCUUCUCUUUUUGUUUCACCUACAUUUUUUUUCUUUAUAUCUGCUUGAUUCGUCCUCACAGAGGUCUUUAAAUACGUCGCGUACUGGGAUGUUUUGAACAGGACUGAACUGUCACCGGACCGGGAUCGUCGGACGGGCAGCUGGCACGGAAUGGUAUUUAUGAACAGAUGUUUCUUAUAUAACUGCAGUGCUCCAGUCCUGGAUGUGAAGAUUGCCUUUUGUCAGGUGUGUGUUCCAUACAGGUAAAUUAAAAGGGGUUUGGCAAACAAGUUGAUGUUUCUUACAUUGCCCAGCAUUACAACAUGAGUAAAAGCAAAGUGGACAACCAGUUCUACAGUGUGGAAGUAGGAGAUUCCACCUUCACGGUUCUCAAACGCUACCAAAACCUAAAGCCCAUCGGUUCUGGGGCUCAGGGAAUAGUGUGUGCUGGAUAUGAUGCCGUCCUGGACAGAAAUGUGGCCAUUAAGAAACUCAGCAGACCUUUUCAGAACCAGACUCACGCCAAGAGAGCAUACAGGGAGCUGGUGCUUAUGAAAUGUGUCAAUCACAAAAACAUCAUCAGCUUAUUAAAUGUCUUCACACCACAGAAGUCUUUAGAGGAAUUCCAAGAUGUUUACCUGGUCAUGGAGCUAAUGGAUGCAAACCUUUGCCAGGUGAUUCAGAUGGAACUGGACCACGAGAGGAUGUCCUACCUGCUGUACCAGAUGUUAUGUGGAAUCAAACACCUGCACUCAGCCGGCAUCAUCCACAGGGAUCUGAAACCUAGCAAUAUUGUGGUGAAAUCUGACUGUACGCUGAAGAUCUUGGACUUUGGGUUGGCGAGAACCGCUGGCACUAGCUUUAUGAUGACGCCCUAUGUGGUGACGCGGUACUACAGGGCCCCGGAGGUCAUCCUGGGCAUGGGCUACAAGGAAAACGUGGAUAUUUGGUCAGUUGGUUGCAUCAUGGGAGAAAUGGUGCGCCACAAAAUCCUAUUCCCCGGCAGGGACUACAUCGACCAAUGGAAUAAGGUUAUCGAGCAGCUCGGCACACCCUCUCCUGAGUUCAUGAAGAAACUGCAGCCGACGGUGCGUAACUAUGUGGAGAACAGGCCAAAAUACGCCGGCCUGACCUUCCCCAAACUCUUCCCUGAUUGCCUCUUCCCUGCAGACUCGGAGCACAACAAACUCAAAGCGAGUCAGGCCAGAGACCUGCUGUCUAAGAUGCUGAUCAUUGAUCCCGCUAAGCGGAUAUCAGUGGACGAGGCCCUGCAACACCCCUACAUCAACGUGUGGUACGACCCGGCCGAGGUGGAGGCAGCCAGGAAUCAGCAGAUAUCCAUGCCUCCUCCACAGAUCUAUGAUAAACAGCUAGAUGAGAGGGAACACUCGAUUGAUGAAUGGAAAGAGCUCAUCUAUAAAGAGGUGAUGAACUUCGAGGAGAGAACAAAGAAUGGUGUUGUGAAGGGACAGCCCUCUCCCUCAGGUGCAGCCAUGAACAGCAGCGAGAGCCUCCCCCCCUCCCCCUCCGUCAACGACAUCUCCUCCAUGUCCACCGACCAGACCCUGGCCUCCGAUACCGACAGCAGCCUGGAGACCUCCGCCGGACCGCUGGGGUGCUGCAGGUGACUAACCGCCUGUCUGCGCAACCCCAUGUUCUUCAGAAGGUGAUCGGCACCCGAAAGAGAAAUCCACAAACCUCGAAAACAUGUAAUUACGAAAUAAAUUAAAAAAGAGAAAAAAAGUCAAUGUAUACGUAUAAAAUAAUGUAUCGCGCGUAAAUUACGACAAAGUGUGCAUUUUCAUUCAAAGAAACAUCUGAAUAUGUAUAUUUAUGAAUCUUCACUAACGUUAGUUGCUUUGCUUUGAAUCCCCCUCAUAUGGCAUCCAAAAAAAUAAGGAGACUUCGAAAAAGAAGAAAAAAAUUGGGAAUCUAUGUAAAGUGUACAUUGACUGGCUGAUAUCUAAUACCUUGCGAUUUUCUGUGCUUCACUCGAUGUGGCAGGGUGGGCUUUUGUUUUAACGAGCACCGAUCAACCCUUGUUUUCUGUGAAGGUUUUUAGCUCGUUCCGGAAGUUUUCGGACGGGCCGGUAUGUCUGUGUGCGAUAAUAUAAUAUGUACAAUGGCGCCCCCUAUCUUUUGUAUAUAUGUAAUUGUGUACAGUUGUGAGGCGUUCUCAGAGUGGGACUGACGGCCAGUAGAGGGAGUAUUUGCACACCUUGCCACAUCACAGCUAAUCACCUGUUUCCCUUUUGCCUGUAGUCUUGCAUGGUCAGAGAUAAAAGUAACUAAGCUAAUUAUACAUAUACCAAUAUAGAGAACCGUGUUUAUAUAGCAUUUAAGGGUGAACGUGGGCGUUUCUGUCGCUCGACAGGAAGUGAGGCUGCUUUACAGGAAGCAAUUGAGGGGUACAAGCACUGUCGCUGUCAUUUUCUGCCUUUGUGUUCUCUGAAGCAGCCUUGCAUGCUGUUCCGUCACCCUUGAAAGGUGUGUGUAACUAAAACGAAUGCAGGUCGAGAGCAUGAACCUCAUCCUCACCUUUCAUUCCUCGCAAACAAAAUCUCAUCACGAAACUCGUAUUUUUGUGUUAUCCGAAGGGAAUCAACGAGCUUACUACCUAAAUUUAAACUGGAGUUUAUUUAUUUAAUGUCAGAUCUGGGAAGUGCCUUUGUAAUAAUGCAGUUUCCUCCUCGAAAACACGAAUAUAGUAACGCGACGGCUCUGAUAGAGGUUUUCCAGGUGGCGUCGGAUGUGUCAGGUCUGUUUACCCGAUCCCACAAUCCCUUAUUCAUGUAAAGAUCCUGCGUUAGAUCCAAGUGUCUGAUUUAAAGUCAUUGUAUGUUAAAAAGAGGCACCUAGACUUCUACAUUUCUACACUGAUCUGUUAUUAGCUCCAGAUCUGAGAACUACAGUGGCUCUAAACAGUAUUUCGACACUUAAAAACAUAACUGAAAUAUAAAAUACAAGUCUGUUCUUCUCCAGUUCAGUCUGGUGCGGUUCAUUUAAUUAAACUAGGAACGUACCACUACCACAAAACAUUUAAGAGCAAUAUCUCAUCUCAAAGCAACCAUUUUAAUAUACUGUAAAACAUGCUUGGUUUUUAAAUGUGUCAAAAUAUGUUUUGGGGCCACUGUUUGUUGCAAUGUAGCCCCACUCUUCACAUUUAAUUGUUACAUAAAAAAAAAAGACGAGUAAUGUAGUCUUUCAAACACACAUGGCUGAUGUUUUUAGUAUUAGGUAAAGAUUAGCUUCAUUGAAUUAACAUUAUGCAGUACACAGUAAUUUGAGCAUAUAAUAUUUAAGUUGUACGGUUUUGUUAUGUACCUGUACUUGAUCCGUGUACUAAACAUUUUAAUAAAGGGAUGAAAUACUCAUGAUUUUUUUGUUUGUUUAUGUAACAGCUCUCAUUUGCUAACUCAUUCUCACCCAGAAACACUGUUUUAGUUCGUUCAUUAUUAGUGUUUCAAUUAUUUGUAUUUUUCACAACACAUUUAUAUUUUGCACUGCAUGUUAAUGUACGUGUGUUUCCACUUAAAGGAAUAGUUCGCCCAAAAAUGAAAAUGUGUAAAAUAUAUAUACUCACCUUCAGGUUAUCAAAUAUGUAGAUGAGCUUGUUUUAAAUUCAGAACAGAUUUGGAGAAAUUUAGCAUGUCAUCUCUUGCUCCUCUGCAGUGAAUGGGUGCCGUCAGAAUGAGAGUCAAAACAGCUGAUGAAAACAUCACAAUAAUCCACAAGUAAUCCAUAAUAAUGCGAUAACCCGUAAAAAUGCGUCAUCCAGUGAAAAAUUCCAUCCCUGUUGUCUUCACAUGCAAAUCUGAACAACAAUUUUGCACUGUUUUCGCUUCUAAAUAGUGCUCGAUCUGUGCAUGUUUCUCUCCUGAUUCAGACAAGAAACAUUUUUCCACUGGAAAAAGCAAUAUUAUGGAUAAAGGAUUGCAUUUUAUGGUGUGAACUGUUCCUUUAAGCACCUGCAGAAAUAUGCUCAGAUUGUGCUUUUGUUUUCAUGUUAACACUAAUCAAAUGUGAUUAAAUUAUUAUUAUUUUUUGCAUACAUUAAUACUUUUGACAUCGUAUAUUGACCCUUAUAAGAUAUUCCAGCUUUCUGUUGGACACUGAGAGCUGACAUCAUUCAGGUGCUGUUAAAAAAAAUAAAAAAACUCUGAACCUUGAAAUCAAAAGCCAUUUAAAUGCCCGUUUUAUUUGUAUGAACAUGAACAGAAUGUUUUCACCAUAAAAAUCGACAUCACAUUUCCCACCAGUAAUGCAUAUCAUCUCCAGAGGACAGAGAGGGGUUCCGGGAGGUCUCCGGUCUGUGCAAACUACUUCAAUAUGGCUGCUGAUGAUUUUACAACAGGGUGGACACAUACAUACGUACAGUAGCUUUUGUAUUACUAUUGUUAGAAUUCAAUACUAAUUGUAAAACGUUGCGUUGGUUCAUUUUAGAAUAGACAGACAAUAAUGUGGUGUGCCAUCUUGCAUUUUAUACAGGUUAUUUUUCGAUGAAAGGGCCCUCGUAUCUCGCGCACAGGGUCCAUUUAUUGCCAAUCCAUCAUCUCAAUCAUCCGUUUUGAAACUUUGCAUCAUUUAAACCAUUUGUUACGAAAUUAAAUUAAGGUUUCCUUGAAUUUCAGCCCAGGAGUGUGUAUUUCUCUCAUGGUGCUUCAAAUAACAAACGUCGGGAUGGCUUCUGAUCAAUGUAGGUGUCAACACUGAAUGUUUGUACUUUUCACACUGUUAUAAUGCUGCUUCUGAAACCAGCGUCCAUUACAAUCCUGAACAGUGAUGUACAUGGGGUGCCACUGCUGUGGCAUUGUGGGUAAAGUACUGAACGUGGCAGUUUGUUCUGUAUUGUAGAGUUUGACUUUGUCUUGUAAAAGUGGGAGUGCGGUUUGUGAACUGGAAACAAAUGGUUGGAAAUGAUGUAACUUACUGUGCUAUUAUGAUGUCAUCAUUGAAAUUCAAAUUGAUUGGUCGAGAUGAGAAAUGUACACUGCUAGAGAAUGGAACUGUAAAAUAUUCCCAAGUUGUUUUUUUAUUGUAAGGUUUUGAUUAAAACCAUUCAUUAGCCAGUCUUGUAUGUUCAUCAGUAAAUGCAUGUUCACUAGAUGAAACAGUCCUUCAGCUCCCAGUAAACACAUCUGUCAUGUUAUGUUUGAAAUCAAGGUGUAGAUCAUGUUCUAUUUCCAUCCAAACAGAGAAACUGCACAACAGUGAACUGCUGAUCAAUCAGUGUGACUCAGAGCAAUACAGACCACAUCAUCAUUACCACUGACUCCUUUCACUUUCUUUCCAUUUUCUUACUUUUUACUACCUUUUCUUUACUUAUUUCUUUCCGUUUUACUUAUUCAGUUCUUUCUUGUUUCAUUUUCUUCCUUCACUUUCUUUUCUUUACUUUUCUUUUUGUUCUUCCUUCUAUUAAUUAAUGUAUUUUUCCAUUUUCAUUUUCUUCUUCCCAUCUUGUUUCCUUUCUUCUUUUUCUUUAUCCGUUUCAUUUCUUCCUUUCCAUUUUUUUCAAUCCUUAUUUUCUUCUUAAUUUUUUGCUUUUCCCCAUCUUCCUUCUCUUCCCUGCCAUUUUUUCCCUUUCUUUCCUUCUUUUUCCAUUUUUCCUUCUUUCACCUUCCCUUUCUUUCCAUUCUUCCUUCAUUUGUUUUUCUUCAUUCUUUCCUUCCUUUCCCGCUUCUUCCUUCUGUCUAUUAUUAUUUUCCUCAAUUUUCUUUCUUUUUUUUGCUUUUUAUUUGCCUUUUCCCAUCUUCUUUCUCUUCCUUCCCUUUCUUUUCAAUCUUCCUUACUUAUUUUUCCUAAUCUUUUGCUUUUAGCUUCUUUCCUUUCCUUUCCUUUCCUUAUUAUUGUUUCCCUUUCUUCAUUUUCUUUUCCUUCUUCAUUCUUCCUUCUUCCUUCCUCCUUUCUAUUGCUUUCCUUUCUUCAUUUUCUUUUCCUUCUUCUUUCUUCCUUCUUCCUUCCCCCUUUCCUUAUUAUUGCUUCCCUUUCUUUUUCUCUUCCUUAUUUCUUCCUUUACUUUCCUUCUUUCUCAUUUUUUGUUUUGUUUCCUUUUUUUCUUCCUUUCUUCAUUGACAUUUCUGUCUUCCCCCUUUUUUGAUUCGUUCUUCCUUCCUUCAGAUUUUUCUUUCUGUUUUUAAUUUCCAUUUUCUUGGUUUAUUCAAUGUCAAAAAUGGCAGUAUAGUGCAAUAACACAGCUCUUUAAGUGAAUAAUGAAUAAUGGAUUGUGUUUGUAAUCAUGAGUUGAUGCCGUGUGCUAGUUAACGUGACGAGUCUCAUGUUUAACUCUUUAUGGUUUCAUUUGGACUCAGAGGGUAUUUCCAAACCUCCACCUCUCUCUCUCUCUCUCUCUCUCUCUCUCUCUCUCUCUCUCUCUCUGUGCUGUCAGUGAAGCGUUUUCUGUUGAGAGUUUCAGAUGGAGACUGUGGUUCUUUACACAGUGCUGUUUGACAUAUAUUGCCAUUUUCAAACCUCUUGCUUCAGGCUGUUGUUCAAAUCAAAUUAUUCUACACAUGCAAGAUAAAAUGAGAUGGUUGGGGAAAAAAUGAAAAUAAAAACUAAAGAUUUAAACAGCACUAUGGAUUGCUGUAAGCACCCGACAUUUUAAAGGUACUGUGUAUGUAAUAUAAAUAUCUGUAUGUGACUCAAAAUAAACUCCUUUGACCUUGAAA